GAGCAGCCAAUGAACGGAAGCAGUGCGUCGUGACGCAACAGGGGCCCGUAGAUAAGGAGAAGGGUCCAACCGGGACCUGAGAAGGAGGACCGGCGGUUUUAGGGGGUCUAUAGCUUGGAGCCAGCUCCUCCUCUCUGRCGGUGCGCGCAGACAAACGCACGAGCUGAACAGAAACGGAAACGCGCUCCUCAGACGACCGGCGGGGUUUUAUCAAGCAAAGGCCGUGAUUUUGAAACAUUUUUUUUUUUGGAAAAAAAUAUAUUUGUCGAUUUUUCUGAACCAUGCAAUAAAUUGAGCGAAACAACAAAUCUGCAAAAACUUGGACUGUUGAUCCUGGAGGAGGAGGAAGCCUUGUUCCACCUUCAAAUCUCUCUUUUUUUAUUAGGACAGCUGCUGUCUGCGUUUUAACACUUCUUCGUUAUUUUCUAGAGAAGAAAGUGAGGAAUGAAGUCCAAGCCGUGCACACAGCAGAAAGCCUGAAAUCCUGCUGCCUGUCAGCGAGGAGGAGGCUCCGCUGCUGAGCUGCCAGCUGAUGUUUCCUCCCAGUAAACGGAAAAGAAAAAACAGAAGAAGCAAUCGGUGACAUGAAGAAAUAAAGUCCUACCUGAGAGACUCCAGAUUCCGACCAGAGAGGCGGAAUCCUCUGAAUGAAUUAGUCAGAGCCUGUUCAUGAUGAGAGCUGCACAGAGUCUGCUGACGGCUGCCAUUGGCAGAUGAGACCUAGUGUGGAGAGCACGUGUCCAAAUUUCCCCUCAUAUUAUUUUUUUAUUUUAUUUUUUCCCCUUGAUCUGGAUUCUUCACUUGUCAUCGACAGCAAAGACAGCAGCCGAACGCAGAGUUGUUUGUGCGUAAAACCGCGCGGGCUUUUCUGCCUCUGAUGGACAUCUUGACGCGCAGGUCCGGAGAAGAGAACAGCUACAACAUCCUCCCCUCUGCGGCAACCAUGCUUUUCCACGGCCUCCCCGGGGGCGACGUGCACGGUGUGGUGGAGGAGAUGGAGCGGCGAGGGAAGGGCGAGUCGGCGGCCAUCAGCUCAGCCAUCGAUAUGGGGGAGUCAGAGACGAAGAUUUUCGGUGCAGAGGUGCGCCCGGUGCCACCUGGGGAUCUCGGCCUCGGAGAUGGUGAUGCGGGCCCGGGACCUGGUCUACCACCUGAACUGCUUCACGUGCACCACGUGCAGCAAGAUGCUGACCACCGGGGACCACUUCGGCAUGAAGGACAGCCUGGUGUACUGCCGCCUGCACUUUGAGACUCUCCUGCAGGGAGACUAUCAGACACACUUUAACCACCACGCGGACGUGGUCCCGCACAAAGGCCUGGGUCCGGCCAACGCGCUCGGACUAUCCUACUUCAACGGCGUGGGGACGGUGCAGAAGGGCCGGCCCAGGAAGAGGAAGAGCCCGGGGCCCGGGGCCGAGCUGGCUGCCUACAACGCGGCUCUGAGCUGCAACGAGAACGACGGCGAGUCCAUGGACCGGGACUCCCAGUACAGCUCCAGCCAGAAGACCAAACGCAUGCGGACCUCCUUCAAGCACCACCAGCUGCGGACCAUGAAGUCCUACUUUGCCAUCAACCACAACCCUGAUGCCAAGGACCUGAAGCAGCUGGCCCAGAAGACCGGCCUGACCAAGCGGGUCCUACAGGUCUGGUUCCAGAACGCUCGGGCCAAGUUCAGGAGGAACCUGCUGCGGCAGGAAAACACCGGGGUGGACAAAGCUUCUGACGGCUCCACAAUGCAAGGCGGGACACCCUCAGGCCCCGCCUCUGAGAUCUCCAACGCCUCCAUGAGCCCCUCCAGCACUCCUACCACCCUAACAGACUUGACGAACCCCACCAUGCCCACAGUCACCUCUGUGCUCACCUCAGUGCCGGGUGGUAUGGACAUCCAUGAGUGUCGUAGCCCCUCACAGACCACACUGACCAGCCUCUUCUGAUGGUCGGAGCACUAGUCCCCUCCUUUACUCCCCCUCAAACUCAAACACACACACACACACACACACACACACACACACACACACACACACACACACACACACACA